AUGUCUGUCAACCGCCGCUCCGAUCUCGACACGUCUUUGUCUCGGACGGAUGGUGUCCACCGCAAAUUGCUUAAUCUGUCUUCCGCGGACAGAGACAAAACUCUCUACCCAGACUCGGCUGACGCAGAACUGACGUUCGACGACCAAUCUAAUGUCAUUGGCAUGAAGAUCCUUAACUUCGAAAUACCUCACACGAGAUAUGCUAUCGACCGCACCACAAACAACCUUUACAUCAGCGAGAAGCGUGGCGAAGACGAGUAUUACUUCUACUGCAUACGCGUGUCUCCUGGAGCACACUCGAUCCAAAAUUUAUGUGUUGCGAUGACACUCUCCUCGAAGUGCCCCGUCAUGUUCAACGGCGACAGGGAUAUGGGGAACACGUAUGCCUUUCAAACAUCCCUCCUGUUCGGCAAGAUAGGGGUUGUGUCCUCGGGUGACUACGAGUACAGCAUCCAUGCAUCCACCGCGACGGUGACGCUGUCAUCAAUUACCGUCAAUUCUGACACGGAGGCUGUGUUGUCGUUCUUGGCGCCGCCCGACCAGGUGUUCAAACCUGGCGCACUCCUCGUAUUUCAACCAUACACUUACUCGGACCGAGAUAUACAGGUCGUCGAGAACAUAGACUCAUCCGGGCAAAGCAAGGUACGCGUGAUCGGGGACUUUUUCGACUUGGACUGGGAGAAUCUGGAUGUCUCGCUAUCUCGAAUGGUGCCGUAUGCUGGUGUCAACUCCAUGGCAAGGAUUGUAGGUUUCGGAGAUUCUGAUCUCGCUGAGCAGGCCAGCGCCGAGGUUCUAUCGAUAAGCUCGCCCUUUAGCAGUAUCGACACACUCGAAGACGCGUCGGUGAUGGUGUCUCUGGACAAAGCACUCUUCCUCUCCUCGGGCGACAGCGUGAGUCUGUCCGGUUUUCCGGGAUUUAUGAACGACAUGGUGUGUACUGUAGCCAUCGUGCACGAUGAAACCCACCUGGAAAUUUAUGUUGACAGGGCCGCGCUGUGGUCUCAUGAGGCAGGGACGUUUGCAAACCUGUCGAACCCUGGCGUGGAAUGGGGAGUGGACGACAUCAACCUCUCCGAUGUCGAGAGCAACGCCGUCGAGAUUGUGAUCACACCAUCUUCACCCACAACUCUUGCUGCCGGAGACGUAGUUGUCUUCAACGGCUUUCUUUCCGAGGAGUUUCAAGACCUCAACGCGACCGUGGUCAUUGUAGACGAAGACGGACGUAUCACCGUGCAGUUCGACUAUCCGACCAUCCUCUUGUUCGAAGACGGCGUGACGUCCUUGUCCCCCGUCAACGCUGAAACGGCGCUGGGCACAACCUAUGUCACACCCAACCGCUUCGACUUGAGCCGCGGAAGGAGAAUGGUUCUCUGCCGCGCCAUCGUCGACAAUCAGGACGUUGGAUCGAUUCACAUCCCAUCUCUUUCGACGCGAACGUUCUUUGGAAGAAUUCAACUAUUCUCCGGAGCAAACCUGGUCAAUUUUCUGAGCAAAGAUACCGCCGUUGGUUCACACGAGUUCAACAGUGUAAUGAAAAGGAUCAACAAGAUCAGGUUUCAGUUUUAUAACGAGGAUGGCACGACGUACGACUUUCUCGGCGUAGACUACACCAUGUUUCUGGAGCUCGUUUGCCUUGAUUCGAACAAGGGACUUUAG